AUGGCAGUUCAGCAUUCAGUUCUGGCCGUCACUCUGCACCACGCCUGCGUGGCUGCCCAGGUGUUCUCUCCGUCGCUCUUCCCGCAGCUGCCUGACUUGGCACCGCUUGCCGAGCCCAGCAUUGCUGACUUCUUCGGCCUGGAGAAAGACAACUCCCCGCAGCCGCUGGAGCGCUUGCGAGAGGUAACAGCGGAGGACUUUGAUGCCCGCAUCCGCCUGGGUCGUCCAUUCAUCAUCGCUGAUGCAGGUCGUGGGAUCGACUUGGUAGGCGCAAGCUGCCAGCACUUCCAUGAGCAUUUUCCAACCGCACAGAUGCGGGCUGAGUAUACUGGUGACGACAGGCCCGAAAAGUUUAUCUCGCUUGGCAGCAAGGCUUGGUUUGCAAAGGAUCGACAUCAAGCAGCGAAGAAGCGGAAGAAGUCCAGCAAGGCAGAGCCUGCACAGCAUGCGACAGCUCCUUAUGUGUGGCACGUCAAGGACGGAGGCCACGAGGCCCCGCCGGAUGUCCGCGCCGCCGUGCAGCGAGCAUGGCAGCCGCCCUAUUUCCUUCGCGGUGCCACCAACCUUCGUGAAGCCAACGAGUCCGCCGAGUUCUGGUUCCAUCGGCGCAAUGGGUCUGUGCUUGCCCAUGCGGACACGUACUGCAUUCCUGCUGUAUCUUUGCAGCUGACUGGACGCAAGCACUGGCGGCUGAUGCCCCACCCACACGUCAACAUGUCUCGAUGGGCUCCCAACUCUCAUGAUGGAGGGAUCUACAGCACACACCUGUGGCAGCCGGCGUGGGAAGCUACGGUGGAGCAGGGCGAGGCCAUUGUCUUCUUUCCGAACAUCUUCCACGAGACGCAAGUCCCGGAGGAGGGGAACCCCGAGUGCACAGUGGCCACGACCUUCCAGUUUCAGCUUCCGGUACCGGCCCGCUACUUCAGAGCUUUCCUUCCAACUCACGCCAUGUCGCACCUCUACUACGAGGGCCACUGCCUCGACCUCUGGCACUCCUUUGCCACACUGAAGGCUCCCAAGGCUGUCCGGCCUACGGAGGACACCAUGCAGAUCCAGUCCCAACAUGCCGAACUGUUUGCUGCAUUGGAUGGGGAUGGCAAUGGACUCCUGUCGUUGGACGAGCUGCAGGACUACCUAGCCUCGCAGAAAGUCCCAGCAGCCCCCGGGCGUCGCUUCGGGACACCUUGGCCAAGAUGGUUUUACUCAGAGGAUUACUUCUACGAUUGGAGACCUUCGGUGGAUGGCCCCGGCAAGCAGCAGCGGCUUGAAAUGGAGGUGGAACUGCAACGUUUCCGAGCAGAGGAUAUGCUGGCAUACCUGGACUGCAGCCCGCCAGACGGCCAGGUCUCCGCGCAGGAGCUUCUCCAAGCCAUGCUCCAGUGGCACGUGGUGCAUGUGCGCUUUGCGGCCACGAGGAAAAAGAAAAGCAAGCACCAGACGGAGCUCGACUUUGCUGAGAGGUACUCUGCCAAGCGAGAACCUCGCGGCGAACUUUGA